AUGAAGUCCAACCAUCAGGAUCAUCAAGAUUCAAAGACCUCCAGUACUGAUGAAGAGGCUGAUCAUCAACCGCAUGCGAACGAUGACAUGGGCACAGGGCGGUCGUACGAGUGUGUAUUUUGCAAGAGAGGUUUCACAACGGCGCAGGCCUUGGGAGGACACAUGAAUAUUCACCGGAAAGAGAGAGCCAAGACCAGACCUAGUUCAAUUCCUACAAGUUUGGCUUCGUCGAUUAGCACGGCAGUAGAAGAUCAGAAUCAUCCGAGGGCAGCAUUAUACCGUGCAAUUCAAAGCUACCGGCCAGGGGUGUUAAGGCCCCCACAUGCAAAUCAUAUUAGUGAUGAGGACUUGUGUGCAAGAAAUUAUAUUCCCAGGCACCGGAAUCUGCUAAGAGAUGAUCAUCGGGAUUGGAGAUCAGGGAGUAGUUUGAGCUUGGGAAUGGGCCAGCCAUCGGAUGAUUACAAGGAGAGAGUGAUUAAUGGUGGCCUUGAAGAAACGGACGAUGAAUUGGAUUUGGAGCUUCGACUUGGUCAUGAUCCCUAA